UUUUUAAUACAUCGGGAAACGGCUCUGUACGGCUUAAUCUGUCAGUAGUCCUUAAAACCCCAAGAAGCAGCAGCUGCAACAACAAUGUCAUCCACUAAACAACUGGACCCUGCAGUGUGCAAUGUUAAAGUGACCUCUGGAGCAGUAGUGUGUUUCGAGGCAGAUUAUUAUGGAGACAUAACCAUAGGAGCACGUACGGUGAUUCAUCCAAAAGCCCGUAUCAUUGCCGAGGCUGGACCCAUCAUCAUUGGGGAAAGUAACCUGAUUGAGGAACAAGCCCAAAUAAUAAAUAGAUUACCGGAGGGAACAGAGGCUGGUGACCAACUUCCGGUGAUGGUUAUUGGAAACAACAAUGUCUUUGAAGUUGAUAGUUACUGUCAGGCUUCAAAAGUAGGCGAUAAUAAUGUGCUUGAAGCAAAAAGUCAUGUUGGCCCAGGUGUAGAACUGACUCGUGGAUGUGUUGUGGGCUCCUUAUGUUCUCUAGUAUGUCCACAAGUUGUACAAGAAAACACUGUAAUCUAUGGAGAUGAACUCCAUCACAGAACUCAGUCUGAGAAGCCAGCACCACAAGGACUCCAGCUGGAUUUCCUGACGAAAAUUUUGCCAAAUUAUCACUACCUUAUUAAGCCUAAGAAAAAAGUGGCAGCUUAAUAUAUAAAAUAUCAACAUUUAUGUAUGUAUUCCAAAUCUUUGAUACAGUAUGCACAUUGUAGCUUGCUUACAGGUCUGUGUUAAAUUUACUAGUUAAUAUUACUACAAAUAUUUUCACUGUUUGUGGACAUUUUUUGUCAUUUAGUGGAUGAUCUAAAAGGGUUGUAGAAUAUGGUUUUCUUUAUUAUUUUAAAUAUGUUUUAUUUAUUGCAGAAAAAUUUGUAAAUAAAUUCGCAGUGUUUAUUCAUGGGUAAGCACUGUUAAGUUUGCAUUAGGUUUUCUUGUAUGUGAAGAUAUGCAAAUCUAAUGGUUGCUCCCUUAAUUAUAUACAUGUUAUGGUGCUGUACUGUUUCGCUGAAGUCAUACCAUGUUUUAAUAAAAUAUUGAUUUUGA